UAAAAGUAAACAGAAUGUAUUUGUGAAAUGUUUAACUGGAGUGAUGAAAUUAUUUGCAGUGGGAGCUCGACGUCAUUGUUGGGUGUGUUUCAGAAGUUCAUUGCUUGUCUUUUUUAUUAAAUGAAACACCAUUAUAUAAUACAAUGCCAGACCAGGCAGUCAUAGGUACUUCCUGAAACACCUGUUUCUCAGGUAGCGACAGACACAGCCGAGCAGCUAAUGACUGACGAAAACAUGGACGACAAAUACCCGAAAAUAACAUUUUAACGAGAUUACAAUUUAUUCGCUCGUUUUCUAAAUUCCCUACGUCAUUGUACGAAAAUGGUUCGACAACGAAGGAGUAUACGUUUGAACAUGGUUUUGCUGCUGUAUUUAAUGGUUUGUUUUGUGCCUUGCCCGGUGUCAUCCAUAACGGUCACUUCCCCUCCGGAAGUCCACGCCGUGAGGGGCGAUGACGUCACCCUGACCUGCACCUUCGCCUCCAGCAGCCACGCCACAAGCCGCAUGUCUGUGGACUGGUCCUACAGACAUCUGACCGAUGGCCCCACGCAGACUUUCUUCCACUUCUCUUCCUUGGCGUUCCCUCCGCAGGAGGGACAGUUUGUCGGGCGUGUGAGGUGGUCGGGUAGCCCAGCCCGUGGCGUGGCUACAAUCCAACUCCUCAAUGCCUCCCUCAGCGACAACGGCACCUAUUUCUGCUCCGUCAGGAACCCCCCUGACGUCCAUGGCUCCCCCACCUCGCAGACUGUCCUCACUGUGACGCCCAAGGUGCCUGCAGUUCGUUUCUCAGACGUGGCGGUGCUGUUAGCCUUCAUCCUGUUGCCUUCCGCGGUCAUUGCCCUGGUUCUGCUAGGUCGCAUGUGCUGCCCUGUGGAGGACGAAAACCAAGCCAAGGGUUACCGCUCCCCCAUCGAGGUCACACCCGGAGAGGAGUCUGACCUCAGGAAUGCCCAUGACAAGAAGAGUACGACAUGCUGCGACCUACAUAUGCUGGAUUCCGACUACGAUGAGGAUUACUACAUCGAAAAGGAGGGGCCCACUAAGGGGGGUGCCAUGGCCGAGUCUCAGUGCUAGUGACCCCUAGUGGCAGAGGUCUGCAACCGUGGCAGGCAAUGGGAGGGGUUGUCUGGAAUGCUCACACACUGUUUAUUGAAAAUGCUAGCGUUCCUGGACUUGGUUCGGUGGAGGCGGGUGAAAGAACUGGGUGGGCUGGUCUGUGUACUUAACAAACACACACACACACACACACACACA